AUAAAUCUGAUUCUACCUUGCUCACUUCAAUCUUGCCUACUCUGAAUCAAAUGGCGAAAGCCAAGAGUCCAAAACUCCACUUCUCUCUCCUAACCUCUCUCCAACUCUGUCGUCCCAAAAAGCCUUGUGCAAUGAUCAAAAGCCCUCUGCAGCCUCAUGUCCCUCUCUCUCCUCUCAACUCCAAAACAUUCGACAUUUCCUUCCCGGGCACCCCCAUCCCCAUCCCCCCACCCUCCACGCCCUCGUCCUCGAGGGUCGCCCCACUCCACCCCGAGGACCCAGAUUGGAGGGUUCCAUCUCCAAGAAACGACAGCAAAAAAUCACACAAAUCAUCAAAAUCUUGCAUCAGCAGAACCCCUUGUUCAUCGUCAGGAGACAGCAACGAGGAGGAGAAAGAGGCGAAGAAGCAUAGGGCGCGGAGAUUCAAACGCUAUGGGUCGAAAGAAUGGAAGGAGGGAGAGGGGUGUAGUGAUGAGAGGAGGCCGAUGUUGGGGAGGUUGGCGCCAUGCAUGGUGUCGAUGGAGCAGAGCUUCGUGGUGGUGAAGAAGUCUGUCGAUCCGUACGAGGAUUUCAAGAAGUCGAUGUCGGAGAUGAUCGUGGCUAACCACAUCUUCGAGCCCAAGGAGCUGGAGCAGCUCUUGAUGAGCUUCCUCUCGCUCAACUCCACACUGCAUCACAAAAUUAUCAUUCAGGCUUUCACUCAGAUUUUGAAGGAACUCUUUUGUGGAUGACGUAUGGUGUCAUCUCAUCUUUUCUUAUUUCCAUCAUUUUUUUGUCAUCUUUGCUGCGUAAUUAUUUGUUAUUCAAGUUCAUUAUAAUA